UUGAGGCACAGAAAAGGAAUGAAAAUGCAAUGGCUUCCGUGUCGACGUGUGCUUUACAAGUUACUUACGGUUUGAAGACAUUUCACUCAUUGUAUUGCUGUGCAAUUUUUGAAAACUAAAAUUUCGAAGUAGCUAAAGGCAGCUACUAUUCAAUCGAACUUUCAUCUACCAUCAAGAUGAGUAACGAAAUUCAGUUGUUAUUCUAUGAAAUGCUUGAAAAUAAGCUUUUGAAAAUGCAAUAAGCCGCGUCGAUAUGCUUUUCUGUAAGCGUCAAUCCGACCAAUUUCACAUUAUACGCAUCAUCAUGGUGUAUCUGCUUUUCAUCGUACAAGCACAAGGGCACGAUUGGACAGAAAUUUUGUCGAUGAAAAUCAAGGAGGAAGUGAAGUCGGCUUUCGUCGUCACGUUUGGUAGUUUGGGCGCAAACGAUCGAGCAAGCUUACUGAAAAUGAUAGACGUUCCUUCCGUGAACUUUGAAUCCAUCGAUGGACAGUCACUGUUCCACGAAAACUAUUGGCCAUUCAAUAUAUUAACCAGCGAGCAAACGAGAUCGGAGAAUUUGUUCAUGAUCUCAAAGAGAACAACUUGCGUCAGCACGCUACUGGCGGAGAUGGACGCAUCGCUGAGCUUCAUCGUCCAGUUGUUCUUCUACUUGCCAAGACCAAAGUCUUUACUUGUAUUAGACGACGAAGACGCAUCUCUCGAUAAGCUGUGUUUGAGACGAAUACUCCUACUUGCUUGGCAUCACCAAUUCCUGAACUUCAGCGUGAUAACGGUGAACGGGACCGCCAACAUAUUCAAUUACAAUCCAUUUUCGAAUACGCUGCGGGGAGCUGCGCUCACCAAUGAAACUGAAAUCUUCCCCGACAAGCUUCAAAACAUGCAUGGCUGGACUCUGAACUUUCCCCUCGUAGACUGUCCUCCCAGCACUAUAGUAAGAAAGCAAAGUGGCUCUCUGAAAAUUUCGGGACACGAGUACCCCUACUUUCCGAUUUUCGCCAAGGCUCUGAACUUCAAGCUAAACGUGAUGGAGGAGCGUUGGGAAGUGAAUUCGUGGCACGUAAACCACAAUAAAACUGGCUUCGACGACUUGUUCGCGGACGAAACGACAGACGGAAUGACGGUGUCUUUCGUGUCGAAUGCCAAAUCGAUUGGGCCCGCGGUGACCCUGGCAAGUACGUUCUUCAGCGUGCGCGUGGUGGUGUUGGUGCCCAUAAUGCGAUACACUUCGGUCGAGUCUCCCUGGGAAAUUUACGUCGUGGCCGUGGCCGUGGCCGUGCUCGUGGGCGCCAUCCACUUGCUGACGAGAUUCACGAGCCUGCCUCGGCCGGAAUACGGCAUCACGGACAUGUACCGGAGCUUCCUGGGCCUGGCGGCUUCCAGCGCCCCCAGCAGCAGGCUCGGCAAACUCAGCCUGGCCAGCAUUUUCGUAGUGUCCUUGGUGUGCUCCAGCGGACUGUUCACAAAGCUGACCGACAGCCAAUUGGUGAAGAAGGACAUCGAGCUGGACAGCUUCGAGCAGAUCGAGGCGGCCAAUCUCACGCUCUACCUGCCCGUUUACUUCAGACAAGUGGCCGAGCGCAUCGAGAACGCGGCCUUUCGGAAUCUGCUCGCUCGCAGCGUGACCGUGGCGGAGCCGGCGAGCUGCUUGGCCCGCUUGCAGCACUCGCGCAGCUGCGUCUGCGUCGCCAUGUCGGACGUCGCCGAGUACUACAUCGCGAGGCAAGGCCCGUCGCCGGCCUUCAAGAUAUCCAAGCUGACGUUUCACAACCAACUCAUGGCCUUCCCCUUCCGCAAGGGCUCGCCUUACGUCGACAGGAUCAGCGAGCUGCAGCGGACCCUGGUCGAGGCCGGAAUAAGCAAGAUCCACAGUCCGCUGUGGGCUUACGAGGUGCCCAUCUCCACGGGCGACUCGCGCGGACGCCUCGAGCUGCUGGACGCGAGUCGACUGCUCACGCCGCUCGCCAUUGUCGCCGUCAACGGCUUCGCCUUGGCGCUCUUGACCUUUGCCGCCGAGCUGACCUUCCGUCUGCGUCGCCACGGCGAAUAGGACCGUCUCCGUUCCAG